UUUUUUUUUUCAUUAAACCUUCCGCAAUCACUACUUUUUCUCUUAUCUGAGGUAUAAAACGUCUCGCGAGCUGCAUCGCUGAACUGCAGAAGGAACCUGACGAAAAGCAACUGUUUUGAAAGCUUUGAUCGCGGGAAAAGAUUGAUUCAAAGGGGGGGUAAACAAAUGCCUCCAAGAAUGCGAGCUACUGCAGGAUUGUUGGAUACACCUGCAAGCAACAUGGAUAUGGAUGAAGAAUACGGGCAGGAUACACCUACUCCCAUGCCGAGGGGGGGUGAAAUGGGAUCUCAAACUGGAGGUCAAAUGAAUGAAAACGCCAUGAUUCGAAUGAUGAUGGAUUAUAUGGAGAAACAGGACAAACGAAUGGAAAUGCUCAUACAAAAGCUAGGGAGCAACUCAAGCUCUCUGUCAACUACUCAGGACCCUAUUAGUGAGUAUCGAAAGGAUGCCAAAGCCAAGCUGGAAGGAAAGCAUGUAAUCAUUCUCAACGGAUCCGUCAACUACUUGGAAUGGAAGAGUUCAAUCCUUGCGGAUGCUCAUCUUAUUCAGGCAAAAGAUGUUCUUAUCAAGGGAGAAACAGUGCCUCCUACCACAGUGCCUCUGGAUAUUGAGCUUUGGAAUCGGAAAAAUGAGCUUCUCUAUACCCGGAUUUUCCAAUCUUUGAACGCCACUGUACGCGAUUCUCUGGGACCAUUGGAUGAAGAUGCCUAUCUUGCUGCCACUAUAUGGAAGAAUCUCGCUCGACGCUAUGCUAUAUCUCGCGCAGAAGAACGCCUUCUAACCACUAAAAAGAUGAGAGAUUUACGCCUCAAGAACAGCGAUUUCCACACCUAUCUUGCGAAUUUCCGAGACCUUAAGGCAAAGCUGGUAUCUCUGGGGGAAAACUGGGCUGAGUGUACCUAUCAUGAUCUAUUCAUUCUAGGAUUGGGGGAUUGGCAACAGGAAUUCAUUAGAAUGAAGCUGGAUGAAUUCUAUGCUACUAAACAGGGCCCUAUUCAGAAUCUGAACCUUGAUGAUUUGAUGGAUCAACUGGCCACGCGAGCCACCACCAACAUGCCUGCUACUAUCACUCGUCCUUCCACUGCGAGCCCUGUCACUGAACGAUUUGAUGAACGCCAGUGCCACUACUGCGACAAUACUGGCCAUAUCAUCAAAUACUGCUGGUUUAAGAACCCGAACCUCGCGAAUGCUGAAUGGAAGGAGCGUAACAAGGAACGUAUCGAGGCAUUGAAGACAGCAAAGGAUAAGAAGAAUAAGGAUAAAGAUGAUAUUCUCAUGAGCCAGCCAGGCCAUGGAUUCUUUGCAGGAGUUUCCCCGGAUGUCUAUGAACUUAUGAAGGAUCAACCAAGUUAUUCACAAGAUGGAUAAGGAUAUGAUGAAUAUGACAGAUGAAUAAGAUGGAUUUGAUUUCAUGUAUCAGACCUAGUCCUAAUGAGGAAACUAGG